AUGUCGUUGGAGCCUCGCCCCGCGUACACCCCCGACGAGCUCGGCCGGCUGUACCCGUCGCCGCUGCGCCUGCAGCAGGUCCAGGUGCUCAUGCGCCACGGCGAGCGCACGCCCGUCACCAACCGCUUCGCCAGCGCCGGCCUGCCCGAGUUCUGGCCCUACUGCAGCCAGUCGUCGCGCCUCGUCUCCGCCGUCCUCGACCCGGCCUCGUCCUCCUGGACGUCCCUCGACUGGCGCCGCCGCCUCGAGACCUUUUCCGCCGACAGCCAGACGCCGACCCUCGGCGCCGCCGGCAAGGGCGGCCCCGUCGACAACAUGUGCGAGCUCGGCCAGCUCACCGACAAGGGCCGCGAGACCACCACCGCGCUGGGCGCCCGCCUGCGCAGGCUCUACGUCGACCAGCUGGGCUUUCUCCCCGCGACGCUCGAGUCGAGCGACGACUUGUACCUCCGCUCGACGCCCAUGCCCCGCGCGCUCGAGUCCAUGCAGCAGGCCCUCCACGGGCUGUACCCGCCCGGCACCCGCGACGACAGGCUCGCGCCCGUCACGAUCCACACCCGCCACUGGGUCGACGACACGCUGCUGCCCAACACGGCCAACUGCAAGCGCUUCGCCAAGCUGAUGCGCGCCUUUGGCCGCCGCGCCGCCGACCGCUGGGACGACUCCCCCGAGAUGGACCGCAUCAACGCCAAGCUGCGCAGGUACAUGCCCGCCGACCCGGCGCGCCCGACGACCAACACCAGGAUCGGCGUCGCCUCCCACCCGGCGCUCGUCGGCGUCAUGGACACCAUGGCCGCGACGGCCGCGCACGACGGCGCCGCGACCAAGCUCCCCAGGGACUUUUACGAUCCGCAGGUCCGCGCCGACAGCAUCCGCAUCGUCGUCGACGAGUGGUUCGCCGGCUUCCGCGAGAGCAACGAGUACCGCACCCUCGGCAUCGGCGGCCUCCUCGCCGACAUGACGGAGCGCAUGGUCGGCAGCGCCGAGGGCGUCCUCCCCCACUCCAGCGCCACGACCCCUCUCAGGUUCGGCCUCUCGGGCUGCCACGACACGACCCUCGCCGCCACCGUGACCAGCCUCGGCGGCGACGGCCCCGACGGCAUGUCCUGGCCGCCCUUCACCUCCCACAUCGCCGUCGAGCUCCUCCGCGACGAGCGCAUCGUCGCCCAGCCGCCCAGCACCCACAGCCCCGCGUCGCAGGCCGCGUCGUGGGUCCCGCGCAUGCUCGGCGGCGCGCAGCCCAUCGGCCGCCGCCCGACGUACGAGCUGACGAGCGCCGAAAAGGAGCGCCUCCGCGGCUACUACGUGCGCGUGCGGUACAAUGACGAGCCGGUCCGCGUCCCGGGGUGCCGGCCCGCGGGGAAGCACUACCAGGAUGACGAGACGCUGUGCACGCUGGCAGCGUUCAAGUCGAUUGUGGACCGCAUCACGCCGACGGACUGGAAAGCCCAGUGCGGCGCCAACAUGGACAAGCCGGCCAUCCCCAGCAAGCCGGAGCCAGCGGGCUACUAG